AAAUAGGCACAACUCGCGGCCGAUGGGAAAGGGUUGACCCAAGGCCCACCAAACGCUGCCCCUCACUGGGACCGCGGCUCCGCCAUGGCUCGUCGUCGUCGUUGGCGGCGGCGGCGGCGGCAGCGGGGCGGAGACGAGGAGGAGGAAGAGGAAGCGCAGGUGAGGUGGUGUCUUCACGCUUAGUACCUAGUGAUGUCCUGUUGGGCGUCAUUUCGUUUCACCCCAGCACCAAUUUCGGUUUCGUAUCGUCUUGUUCCAAAGGCCAAUGCCUGCAAGUUUUGUGAUUCCUAUGUUUCUGUGAAUUAUUCCAAUCUGGCGUAACAUCCUUGUACCGCAAGCGAGAUUACCAAACAUGGUUGAGAUAAGGGACUGGAUUGAUGGAAGAAGAGAAAGAUCGUAUAACCGGAUGGAGUUGGGGAAGAGGGAAGCUGGAGUUAGUUCUCCGAUUGUUCUCUUAUAUUGCAUAUAGCUCUUCUCAAAAUGUUUAUUUCUUCUUUUUAGUCUUCCAUAAUCCAUGGUCAUCUCGUUUUUUGAAAUAUUUGUUUGGUUUGCGCGACCGCAUCUUGCGGAGUGGAGGUUACGUUACGUUGCUUGUAUGUCGCCAGGGAGCAGAAGUGUGGGAUGGAGAAUAUAGAUUAGUCAGGUCGGAGCUGAUGGUAUCAUGGAAGGGCCGAUGAUUAUUCAGGGUACAGCAGGUAAGGGACUCAAGAGAGACGAGAAUUUUGUGGUAUUAAAGUGUACCGUGGAAUUGGUAUGGACUCAAUUUUUGGUCCAUAAUAUAACGAUGACUGUAGUUCAUCUGGUCUUGGAGCACAAUAGUCAAAGUCAAAAGUGGUAUGCUCCUUUUGUCCUUCAGUUGUGGACCAUGUUUCUGUUGCAAUAAUUUGGGAAAGAAGAUAUACUAUUAUACCACCAUGGAAGUUUAGCAGGAGCACAUGUGAAGAUUUAAUUUGGAUAUUGCUUGUUUUCUUUCUAUAACAAGAGUAAGGUAUCGUGUUUCCCAUGUUCUCUCUUGUAGAUUCAUUCCUCACAAGCAAUCUUGUUUGGAGAGUUGAUCUUCCAAGGAACUAAGAUUGUUACGAUUGAGCCGCUACCUAUAUGAGAUAGGCGGAUGGCCAUGUUUGGGACAAGAAGCUACUCUGUGUUUGGGGACAUACUUGAUGCCUUUCUGAUUCUACUUGUAUUGUCAACAUGCUGUUUGUCAAGCACAAUAACAACGGACAGCUUGUUACCAAAUAAACAAAUUUCAGAUGGGCAGACCAUUGUGUCUGCAAAUGAGACAUUCACUCUCGGCUUCUUUAGCCCUGGAACUUCUACAUAUCGGUAUGUUGGUAUAUGGUACAGCAAUGUUCCAAAUAGGACAGUUGUAUGGGUUGCUAAUAGAAACAAUCCGGUUCUAGAUACUUCUGGAAUCCUUAUGUUUGACACAAGUGGAAAUCUGGUAAUUUUAGAUGGCAGAGGCAGCUCGUUCACAGUAGCUUAUGGAUCAGGAGCAAAAGAUACCGAAGCAACUAUACUGGAUUCUGGCAACCUUGUCUUGAGGAGUGUCAGUAACCGGUCGAGGCUGAGAUGGCAGAGCUUUGACUACCCAACUGAUACAUGGCUCCAAGGAAUGAAUCUUGGAUUUGUUGGUGCACAAAACCAGUUGCUCACUUCAUGGAGGAGCUCAGAUGACCCAGCAAUAGGAGACUAUUCUUUUGGGAUGGAUCCAAAUGAGAAGGGUGAUUUUUUUAUCUGGGAGAGGGGCAAUGUCUAUUGGAAGAGUGGACUAUGGAAUGGCCAAUCGUAUAAUUUUACCGAGUCAGAAAGCAUGAGUUUCCUAUAUGUUUCCAAUGACGCCAGGACUACGCUCAGUUACUCUUCCAUACCAGCUAGUGGAAUGGUAAGGUAUGUAUUAGAUCACUCAGGGCAACUCAAACUCCUUGAACGAAUGGACUUUGUUUUACACCAGUGGCUUGUGCUUGGGAGCUGGCCAGAGGGAAGCUGCAAAGCAUAUAGUCCAUGUGGAGCUUUUGGCAUCUGUGCCGGAAAUCAAGACUGGCAAAACCGUUGCAAAUGCCCAAAAGGAUUUAAUCCAGGAGAUGGGGUUGGAUGGUCUAGUGGAGAUACCAGGAGAGGAUGUAUUAGACAAACUAAUAUGCAUUGUGUGGGUGAUAAAUUCUUUCAAAUGCCUGACAUGGGAUUGCCAGGAAAUGCAACAACAAUAUCUUCUAUUACAGGACAAAAGCAGUGUGAAUCAACCUGCUUGACGAACUGUUCCUGUACUGCUUAUGCUGUAUUGCAGGAUAAGUGCAGCUUGUGGUAUGGAAAUAUUAUGAACUUGAGGGAGGGGGAGAGUGGUGAUGCGGUAGGAACUUUCUAUCUUCGUCUGGCUGCCUCAGAGUUGGAAUCAAGAGGUACCCCAGUGGUCUUGAUUGCAGCUACAGUUUCUUCUGUUGCAUUUCUUAUUUUUGCCUCCCUUAUUUUUCUUUGGAUGUGGAGGCAGAAAAGCAAAGCAAAGGGGGUGGACACUGACAGUGCAAUAAAGCUUUGGGAGAGUGAGGAGACAGGUUCUCACUUUACCUCAUUUUGCUUCUCUGAAAUAGCAGAUGCAACAUGUAAAUUUUCGCUUGAAAAUAAACUUGGAGAGGGGGGAUUUGGUCCUGUCUACAAGGGCAACUUACCUGAAGGGCAGGAGAUUGCUGUUAAGAGACUUGCAGCACAUUCAGGACAAGGUCUACUUGAGUUUAAGAAUGAGAUCAUGCUGAUAGCCAAACUUCAGCACAGAAACUUAGUUAGGCUCUUGGGAUGCUGCAUCCAAGGAGAAGAAAAGAUACUUAUAUAUGAGUACAUGCCGAACAAAAGUUUGGAUUUUUUCCUCUUUGAACAAUCAAGAAGGGAAAUGUUAGACUGGACAACACGAAUAAGUAUAAUUGAAGGUAUUGCUCAAGGUCUCCUUUAUCUUCACAAGCAUUCGAGGUUCAGGAUUAUUCAUAGGGACCUGAAAGCAAGCAAUAUUCUGUUGGACAUCGAUAUGAAUCCUAAGAUAUCUGAUUUUGGUAUGGCAAGAAUAUUUGGUUCCAAAGAAACAGAAGCAAACACCAACCGGGUUGUUGGAACAUAUGGAUACAUGGCUCCGGAGUAUGCUAUGGAAGGCAUUUUCUCGGUUAAGUCUGAUGUGUUUAGCUUUGGAGUCUUGCUUCUAGAGAUUGUAAGUGGAAUUCGAAACGCUGGAUUUCACCAACGUGGGAACUCCCUUAACCUCCUUUGUUAUGCAUGGGAACUAUGGAAAGAAGGAAGGUGGUCCGAGCUCGCUGAUCCAUCCAUAUAUAACGCAUGUCCAGAGCAUAAGGUAUUGAGAUGCAUUCAUGUCGGCCUGAUGUGCGUACAGGAGAGUCCCAUCAAUCGACCUACCAUGACCGAGAUAAUUUCAGCGCUUGAUAAUGAAAGCACCACCCUGCCUGAACCGAAGCAGCCUGCCUUCGUCUCCGCUGGGAUUUGGACUGAAGCUGGUGUUCACGGAGGAACACACUCCAUAAACGGAAUGACAAUUUCCGACACGCAAGGUAGAUAGUAUCAUGUCAAUUAAUUGAUGCCUCUUAAUUGAACCUUCCUGAUGUGAAACUCUAAAGAACUUAGCAACCGGGUAUGUUUUGCAAGGGCGGUCAGAGGUGUAUCUAUACGGUAUCUACAUAGAGCUUAGAGGGGUAGGGCCGUAGGGGUGGGUACAAUUUUCCCGAAAACCGCACACCGAACCGAAACAACAGUUUUCUCGGUGUUUGGAGUGACGUUCGGUUUUCCUUUUUACAUACUUGGGUGAUCGGUGUGUGGCUCGGCUUUUGUUAAGUUGAAACCGAUAAUACCGUAUAAACCGAGGUCUAUAUUGUAACCUUAUGUUGGCUCAGCAAUUCAGGCCCAAGUCAGUUCAAGACCCA